CCUCAUUCCCCAUCCUAUUCCUCAACUAUAUAGCUACACGCCUCAAUGAUCACAAAAUCGAGCCCGCAGAUUCUAGAGAAAGAGAUCUCUGAUCUCGAAUAUCGUCUACAGAAUGCCAAAACUCGUCUAGCGUUGGCCUCCGGUCAGGAAACUGACGGAGAUUCAUACUUGCCUCUUCCCAAGGAUACGAUUCCAUUACUCUCCAGUCAUGCCCUAUUUCUCCUAUCAGACUCUGCCCUCCCAUUGGGUUCAUUUGCCUAUUCUAGCGGGCUCGAAUCUUAUCUCGCACAUAAUAAACCUCUUCCUCCCAAAGUCACACCCACCGCUUCCUUCCACCGCUUUCUAAAAUUAUCGAUCACAUCAAUGGCAAGCACGUCCAUACCAUACGUUCUCGCAGCAUACCGAAACCCAGAAGACCUAGAAACAUUGGAUAAUGAUAUGGAUGCGUCAACGCCUUGCGUAGUGGCGCAGCGAGCGAGUAUUGCGCAAGGGAGGGCUUUGAUCGGUGUCUGGGAACGGGCAUUCCGAGGGACAUAUGCUUCUGGACCAUUCUUAGCAGGCGAUUCUGCUGCCAAGGCGGUCGAGACCAUUGGGGACUUCUCAGACGCCCUUAAGUCGUGUUCUGACACGGCAGAUGACUUGGGUCCCAAGGGUCACUUUGCACCCUUGUGGGGUAUCGUGUGCCUGGCUAUGGGCAUGGAUGCUCGCCAGACAGCGUAUGUGUUCAUGUUGAACCAUGCGAAGGCUGUCUUAAGUGCAGCGGUGCGCGCCUCCGUGAUGGGGCCAUAUCAAGCACAGGCGAUUUUAGCCAGUAGAGACCUACAAGAUAUGAUAAUACAACGGAUAGACCGAGAGUGGGAUACGCCCGUAGAAGAUGCGGGUCAAGUGGUACCGCCAUUAGAUCUCUGGGUCGGACGGCAUGAACUCCUAUACAGCAGGAUAUUUAAUUCAUAAUUAAUACAACUUUAUAUAUAAUGAAUACAAUUCUAUAACAGUG